AUGAAUUUGUUUAGCGAUAUUUUUUCUACAGUUAUUUUGCUUUCUAGUACUUUUGCCGAAGAGAUAUUUGUUGAAAGAAGUUUUGCCACUUCGGUAGCAAUUAUGACGUCUCUGCUGCAUACCGAAGAAAGGCUGUUAAAGAAUCUGACUAUGCACAUUGCGAAGUUGGAAAAUAAAGUGGAAAUUUUGAAAAGUUUAAUUGAGAAACUGAAGGCCGAUAAUCUAGAAUCGCUGCAAGAUCCAGAAAGUUAUUUAUCCAAUCCUUUUAACUAUUUCGGAUUGAUAAGGCAUAUGCAGGCCGAUUGGACAAGCAUAGGACAUUAUAUACUCGAACCGAUGGGAGAAGAAUAUCCUGGAGCAAUGGCAGAUCAUCAUAUAGAAAUGCCUACUUCCACCGAUUUAGAAGAAGCCGUUGAAGGUAUGCAUCGUUUACAAACCAUAUGGAAUUUAGAUGUUUAUGAUAUGUCUAAAGGUAUCCUGAAUGGCCAACAAUAUGAAGCUCGAUUGUCUUCUUUAGAUUUGUAUACUAUAGCCGUCCAUUUAUUUUAUCAGAAAUAUUAUCGCGAUGCUGCGUAUUGGGUAAUAUACUCUAUACUAUCUUAUGAAGCUGAUAGUCUCAAUGAGUUCCUCGGUUGUGAUCGAAGUGAAAUGCUAGUAUUAUACGCCGAAAUUCUAAUGCACUUAAGUAAAUAUUUAAAAAUUAAUGCCGUAUACAUUAACAUAAGCUUGUUAACAUUUAUUGUAGAGAGACCGAAAAAUGCGUUAACUAUCUUACAUAGCGGGCUUCAGUUAGAGCCUUCUAGUCUGAAACUGUUAGAGCGUAAAAAUGAAAUUGAAACUUUGACUAAAAAUGGUACUAUUACGCCUUACCAGUACUUAGACGACGAGGCGAUAAACGAAUACGAGUUCAGUUGUCACGACAAAUUACCUAACACUUAUGGUAAACUUUAUUGUGUCUAUAACACAAAUACCUCAGCGUUUCUGCGUUUAGCUCCCUUGAAAAUGGAAUUGUUGAGCCUCGACCCUUACAUGGUAUUGUAUCACGAUGUCCUCACCAACAACGAAAUUACUAGAAUACAAAGAUGGGCGACACCCCAUCUGCAGCGAGCCAUGGUUUACGAUUAUAGAAUACAUAUGGAAACAACAGUAAAAGGUAGAACUUCUCAAGCGACGACAGUGCCAGAGUUUGGCGAACUCAAUGAACGGAUUACUCAACGAGUAACUGAUAUGACUGGCCUGGAUAUGAGCGCUUCGGAACCGUUUCAAAUUUUAAAUUACGGUAUAGGUGGCCACAACGUAAUUCAUAAUGACUGCUUUAAUGUGCCCAUGACUAACGAGUUAGUACAGAAAGACGGUGACCGGAUAGCAACAGUUCUGUUUUAUAUGACCGAUGUGGAACAUGGAGGUGACACUGUUUUCCCAAUAAUUGAAAAAGCGAUACAUCCCCAGAAGGCAACUGCACUAUUUUGGUAUAAUCUUGACAAUGAUUUACAGAUGGAUUUGAAUACACUGCAUGAAGCUUGUCCAGUAAUAGUGGGUUCUAAAUGGAGUAUGUCUUAUUUUAAUAUACAUUUCUCUAAAUUAACGUAUUAA